AUGGCAGCACUUGCCUUAGUGGCACUAGACCUAGUACAAGGCCGAGACAGAAUCAGGGUGGAUAAGAGGGUUUUUCGUGAUAGAACAAAUCCUCUUGACAUGUAUAACGAUGCUGAAAUGCAAAAACGAUACCGAUUUUCUAGGAGAGGAGUCCUCCAUUUAAUUGGACUUCUUAAUGUCGAGAUCGACAACGAAACUCUCAGGAGCAAUGCCAUACCGCCUGCGUUGAAGGUGUUCGUAGCUUUGAACUACUUUGCAACGGGUUCACUACUGGCGAGUAUUGGGACUAUACAUGGAGUCAGCAACAGUACAGCCUCAAGAAUCUUAAGAGAGGUCGUGGUAGCCAUUUGCAACCACAGAAAGGAGUACAUCAAAUUCCCCGAAGGCGAUCAGGAAGUGAGGGAAGCUCAGAAUGCAUUCUUCAGGAUUGCAUCCUUUCCUAAGGUUGUUGGGUGCAUAGAUUGCACACAUAUCCACCUUAUUGGUUCAAAGUUGGGAGAUAAUGAAUAUAUCUAUACUAAUAGAAAGGGGAGACACAGCAUCAGCACACAACUGAUAUGCUCAGCUGACUACCGGAUCUUGAACGUGGUCGCUAGAUGGCCUGGAAGCCACCAUGACUCCAGAAUACUAGCAUCAAGCAGGACCCCCCUUCGAUUUGAGGAAGGACGGUAUCAAGGAAUACUCCUAGGUGAUUCCGGCUAUGGCCAGAACGCAUGGCUGCUUACACCCUUUCUCAAUCCUCGAAAUCAAGCAGAGAGAGCAUACAAUGAUGCUCACUGCUGUACCAGAGUCAAAAUCGAAAUGGUGAAUGGGCAACUUAAGAAUAAGUUUCGGUGUCUGAUUGGACACGGCAUGAUACUUAAACCUGAACGAGCAUGUGAUGUCAUUACAGCGUGUUGUGUGCUGUUUAACAUUUCCAAACAACUGAAAGAACCAAAUAUCCUACAUGAUGAGGAAGAGAUAGUCGCAGCUGACUUAGCACAAGGCCGUGACAUUGACAACGCUGAUGGAGUUGCUUUGAGAGCAACGAUUGUUAACAGAUUCUUCACCUGGUAUGGUCACUAG